CUGUUUAAUUGUCAAUGAAUCAGAGCAUGCCACGUAGCCUUCCACCAGCACCACCACUUUACUCCGCUCUACACGAUAACUGCAGACGGUAAAAAAUUCCAAAUCGCCGCCGUCGUCGCCGGAGUAAAACUGUUGAAGAUGCAAUUCGCUACGGCAACAUUGUCUCCGCCGACACUAAUUUACGCUCCACGCAAACAGUUGAAUUUUUUCAACCCUAGAACUCCUAUUUCGCUUUCGGAAGGGAGAGCAGCAAAAGGUGUUGCUGUUAAAUCCGGUGGCCAAAAUCAAAGACACGAUCUAUCUCUUCGUGCGAAAACUGCGACGAGAUUCGGCGCUCGUCGGAAAUUCAUUUCCGUCACAAGUGCCGCCACAAGCGGCGGCGGUGACGGUCGUUCGGUACCGGAGUUGGACGAUAAUGCCAGGAAAUUACUGCAGGCUCUUCUUUGGAUCGCGGAGGGUGUUUAUAUCAUCUGGCUCUUCUUACUCCCCUAUGCUCCUGGAGAUCCUGUCUGGGCCAUCAGUUCGGAAACGAUAGACUCUCUCAUAGGCCUUUCUCUCAAUUUCUUCUUCGUUCUUCCUUUGUCGAACUCAGUCGGUAUUCACCUAAUUGAGGCACCAGUACUUCACCCGAUGUCUGAAGGAUUGUUCAACUUUGUAAUCGGGUGGACUUUAAUGUUUGCUCCUUUGCUGUACACUGAUAAAAGGAGAGAAAGAUACAAAGGAUCACUCGACAUUCUUUGGGGCUUUCAGAUGUUCCUCACAAACACAUUUUUAAUUCCUUACAUGGCUAUACGUCUGAACGAGGCUGACGAGGAAACCAAAACACCCAGAAAAAUCUCCAAACUCGGCUCCAUUAUGAUGAAAGGAGCGCCUGUUGUUGGAUUGGUCGGUGGAUUUGUUUGUUUGUUUUCGAUACUGUGGGGUGUCUAUGGGCGAAAUGGUAAUUUUGGUGAUUUGGCGCAAAGAUGGGAGUUUUUGGUAAGCUAUUUAGGGUCCGAAAGACUUGCUUACGCCUUUGUAUGGGAUAUUUGCCUGUACGUAGUUUUUCAGACGUGGUUGAUUGGAGACAAUUUACAAAACGUUCGGAAAGAUAAAGUUGGUUUGGUUCGUUUUCUAAAAUUUGUACCGGUAGUUGGCCUAACUGCCUACUGUCUCUGCUUAAAUGCUGAUAAUGAAUCAUAAGGCCGAGUACAUACAUUAUUCCAUCGAAAAAUUUCUUGUACAUUACAUUAUUCCAUCGAUUUUAAGUGAAUUAUCUAUCGGUUAUAUAUCAAUCGAAUAUCAUCGAGGAACUUCGAUUAUCAAAUAAUGACUGAAAAAACAUGUACGUUAUUGGCAACGGUACAUUCAAAUGAUCCAAGAAGAUGUGUAUGUUUUAGUUGUCAACAUUCAAGGC